AGCCCCAGUCCGCCAUCCCCUCCGCUGCAUAUCAUCACCAUUUGCUCUGUUUUAGCUGGAGAACUUGCAGAAUACAACCUAUUGUUUCAAACACGUUCAUUGUUCUUUAUUAUUACUUUGUUCUUUGAGGUAUACCCAGCAUCAAUCAGCACGAGGACUUGAUCAGGACAGCAAGCAACUCAGUUUGACAAGCCAGCAUAUCCGAUGUUUCUCUUUCCAUCUCUGCGAUCGCCUUCAUUACAAAAGAGACAGUUCUGGUGGUACGACGACUCAUCAGCCUGGCAGACAAAAUGGGCCAUCUUCGGAGGCGUUGUGUUUGGACUGAUAGUCAUCCUUGCACUCGCAUACAUCCACGCUCGUCAUAGACUCCAGAAUGGAAAACAGCCACUCCGCUACCAUGCCUGGAUGGUCCAAAACAGAAUUCGCUGGAACCAGGCUCAAGAAGCCCGCGAAGCCGAACGCGUGCGCUACCGCGAAGAAUACCACGUCUACCCUUCUUACGCAAUGAACACCUUCUCCACCCCCGCAGCCGGCACUGACGCCCUCGCCCCGCCUCCUCCCGCAUACGACCCCCGCUACCCUGCUCCACCGACCUACGUUGCGCCCGCGGACGCAAAACAGACACCGCCAUACCCGUAUCCUCCUCCGGGCGAGUUGGAGUCCUCCGGCAGCAGCGAUCACAACGUACCUCAGAGUCCGUUCGACGACCAGAACGAGGUCAGGCCGAAUAUCGAUUCUGCGGCAGCUGCUCAGGCGACGACGGCGGAGGAGUAUGAGCGGUUGACUGCAGAACAAGAGCAUGAGGCCUAUUAUCCCCCACCAUCUUCGCCGCCGCCAAACCAAUCAACCAAUCAGUCAGAAACGCUAAACACGAGCCGACAGGUAUAGAGAAAGAAAGAAAGAAAAGAAAGAAAACAGAUUACAAAAUUGUUGAUGGACGACUAUUAUAUUAUGAAUUAAUUCGAGACGAGAGUUCUCGUCUUCCCUGGCUGAUAGAGCUGCAGUAGCAGUUACAUUACAUUACAUUUUUUGAUGUGUACAUUACGAUCGAGCUUUGGACGCUGGUUGAAGUUCUUUGGUGGAGUUUGCUGUGAAUCGAAAAGUAGUUUUAGGAUACAGGUCCAGUCAUAAUUCUGUUGCAUCAGAAUGCAUAUCGUACAUUAACAAG